GUCGAAGAACCCUUGCUGUAAUCACAAAGCUGGAUCUCAUGGAUGCUGGCACUGAUGCUAUGGAUGUGCUUAUGGGAAGAGUGAUUCCAGUCAAACUUGGCAUCAUUGGAGUAGUAAACAGGAGUCAGUUGGAUAUUAAUAAUAAGAAGAGUGUAGCUGACUCCAUUCGUGAUGAGUAUGGUUUUCUUCAAAAGAAGUAUCCCUCCCUAGCCAACCGAAACGGAACCAAGUAUCUUGCUAGAACACUGAACAGACUACUGAUGCAUCAUAUCAGGGAUUGCUUGCCAGAAUUGAAAACCAGAAUCAACGUUUUAGCUGCUCAGUACCAGUCUCUACUAAACAGCUACGGGGAACCUGUAGAGGACAAAAGUGCCACUUUAUUGCAGCUUAUUACCAAAUUUGCCACAGAAUAUUGUAACACUAUUGAAGGAACAGCAAAAUACAUAGAGACUUCGGAGCUAUGCGGUGGAGCCAGAAUCUGUUACAUUUUUCAUGAGACCUUUGGAAGAACUUUAGAAUCUGUUGACCCGCUAGGUGGCCUUAACACAAUUGAUAUUCUGACUGCCAUUAGAAAUGCUACUGGUCCUCGUCCUGCCUUGUUUGUUCCUGAAGUUUCAUUUGAAUUGCUGGUAAAAAGGCAAAUCAAACGUUUAGAAGAACCUAGCUUGCGCUGUGUGGAGCUGGUUCAUGAAGAAAUGCAGAGGAUUAUCCAACAUUGUAGUAAUUACAGUACACAGGAAUUAUUGAGGUUUCCUAAAUUGCAUGAUGCCAUAGUUGAAGUAGUAACCUGUCUUCUGCGUAGAAGACUUCCUGUCACAAAUGAAAUGGUUCAUAAUCUAGUGGCCAUUGAGUUGGCUUAUAUCAAUACCAAACACCCAGACUUCGCUGAUGCCUGUGGUUUAAUGAAUAACAACAUAGAGGAACAAAGGCGUAACAGGUUAGCCCGGGAAUUGCCUUCUGCUGUGCCACGAGACAAGUCUACUAAAGCUCCAGGUGUAUUGACACCUGCUUCCCAGGAGACUGUUACUGCUGCUUCUGCUGAGGCUGAUGGCAAGGCUGCUCCUGGAGCAGGAGAUAUGUCUCAGGAGCCGGGAACAGGCAACUGGAGAGGAAUGCUGAAAUCCUCAAAAGCAGAAGAGGUAUCAGCAGAGGAAAAAGCCAAGCCGGCUGCAGCCCUACCUGCUAGUCCUCAAAAAGGACAUGCUGUAAAUCUUUUAGAUGUGCCUGUACCUGUUGCACGCAAACUUUCUGCCCGUGAGCAACGAGAUUGUGAAGUGAUUGAACGACUUAUUAAAUCUUACUUCCUUAUUGUCAGGAAGAACAUUCAGGACAGUGUGCCAAAGGCAGUGAUGCAUUUUCUGGUGAACCACGUGAAAGACACUCUUCAGAGUGAACUGGUAGGCCAGCUGUAUAAAUCCUUGUUGUUGGAUGACCUUCUGACAGAAUCUGAGGACAUGGCACAGCGCAGAAAAGAGGCAGCUGACAUGCUAAAGGCCCUGCAGCGAGCCAGUCAGAUCAUUGCAGAGAUUCGCGAGACACAUCUCUGGUGAAGACUGUACCAGCCGCACUAUUUAUAUGCAUUGGAGGUUACACUGACUUGAAAAUUGCUAGGCAUGGUAUACGGAGUAGAAUUUUUUUAUUUAUGAACUCUUAUCUGUGUACUGCAACUGUGUAAAUCUGCUCAUGUAAAGACAGUUGGUUUGAUUUGCAAACAGAAAAAUAUGCUAUAUUUUGCAAAAUAAGUCAUAUUUAAUCCACAUAAUAAAUGGCUCUAAAUGUUUCCUUACCAGCUUUCUGGUGCAAAUUAAAGCAGACCGAGUCUACUGUCUCAUUGACAGUCUCCUUUGAACUUGGGAAAAAACAUUAAAGUUCCAGUGCCUGACUUGCUAAACAGGUUGCCUGUGGUUAAGAUGGAUGGUGUAGUCUUGUGGCAUAGUUUUAAGCUGCUUUUACAAUAGAAGUUUAAAUACUGUGAAGAGAAGAGAGCACCGAGUAUUUCUUUUCAUGAAUAUAUUGCAUGUACUAUGACAGAUGGAGGUAUCAAUUUUAUAGCACAGUAGAGACGUCUACCGCAUUACUAUGUAUGUGUGUCCCCAUUUUUUUCCCCAAAUGUUAGAACUGCAGACAAAACUUUGAACUUCAUUUAAUGGAGUAUCAUGUGGGAAGAAUUAGCCUGGAGCUUGUGAACAGUAACAGCCUACUAAAAAGUGGGUACAAAGUUGUUCAUGUGCACUGGAGCUUGUGUAUAAAUGUUUGGGAUUAUAAUUAGGUACACAACCAUUUUCCCCUUUCUCCCCUGUGGGACCAAGCCCCUGGAUCAUCCUAUAGUUAAUUUGUUAUGACAGAAUUGAAAAA